AUAUUGAGGUGGCAGUGUGCAGGAGCCUCAAGCAGCAAAGUCAAAAAGCGGUCAUUGCUUUUAUUCUCGACGGUUCUUCUCCCUUCCGAUCUUCACCGAUCUCGCUCUCUCUCUCUCCUCAGAAAAUCUGAUACUUUAAUUUUCUCUUUGAUCUUCACAUUACCAUCCAUUGUUACAAUUACACAGGAAGAUGGAUUCAAAUUCGCCAGAAUUCGAUUACUUGUUUAAAUUGUUGAUGAUUGGUGAUUCUGGUGUUGGAAAGAGUAGUCUUUUGUUGAGUUUCACUUCCGAUACGUUUGAAGAUCUCUCCCCCACGAUUGGUGUUGAUUUUAAGGUCAAGUAUGUAAAUCUUGGAGGCAAAAAGCUGAAGCUUGCAAUUUGGGAUACAGCUGGUCAAGAAAGAUUCAGGACAUUAACAAGCUCUUACUAUAGAGGAGCACAAGGAAUCAUCAUGGUGUACGAUGUGACAAGGAGGGAUACAUUUACUAAUCUCCGUGACAUAUGGGCAAAGGAAAUUGAUCUCUAUUCGACUAACCAAGAUUGUAUCAAGAUGCUUGUCGGAAAUAAAGUUGAUAAGGAAAGUGAAAGAGUUGUAACGAAGAAAGAAGGAAUUGACUUUGCAAGAGAGUAUGGAUGCUUAUUUAUUGAAUGUAGUGCAAAAACACGCGUAAAUGUGCAGCAAUGCUUUGAGGAGCUUGUGUUGAAGAUUUUAGACACACCUAGCCUUUUAGCCGAGGGCUCAGCUGGUGUAAAGAAAAACAUCUUCAAGCAAAAACCACCCGAGGCUGAUGAGUCUGCAAGUGGCUGUUGCUAAUUCUGCAGGUUUUACACUCUAGUUCUACUUUCCCCUUUCUUCUGGAUGUGUGGGUUGAGGCUGGGUGGUUUCUAUGUAAAUGCUAUGUUCCAUUAACUAAAAUUGGAUUUUGUAAUGUUCUCUUAUAAUUUCUCCGUUUGUUUUGAACUUUGAUAUGAGUACUAUUGACUGGUCAUGUCCUUUGUUA